ACUAGCUUGAAAGUGGGUGAAGGUUUUUACACAGAACGGUAUUUUUCUGUGAAUGCAUUGUAGGUUGUAGCCAUUUCUUUCAUCGCUCAGAAUCCUGUUCUUCAGCGUUGUUUCUGGAAUCAACAUCUCUUGCCCGUGACUCACACAUCGGAGUAAACCCAAGUCUUAUUUUUUUUGAUAGUUCUCACCGGCUGGCUCGUUUAGCCAGCUGAACCUUGUCGAAGAUGGACCCAGCGAGCCGAUACCAAGUGUUGCACAAUGAGGACGACUCUUCGGAGGCCGGCGCCAGCGAGCCACAGCCGUGCACUUCUGCCACAGCCCAGCCCGGCACAUCCGGCCAGGACCAGAGUCAGACUCAGGUGAGCCCGACCCCAGUCCCCGCGGCAGGGGAAGCGUCGGGCGUGAGGACUCAGGGGGAGGCAGUGGACACGGCACCACCUCCAUACGCUUCCAUCGACUUGGGAGCAAAUGCUGCAGCACCACCUGAGACUAGUUUCCGAGGUGACUUCCCUGUGCCUCCACCCUACAGCGUUGCCACCUCAUUGCCCACAUACGAUGAAGCAGAGAAGGCCAAAGCAGCUGCCAUGGCUGCCUCAGCAGUGGAGGUGAUGCCACGGGAUGAUGACUUCCCUCCCAGAGACGACUUCAGUGACGCCGAUCAGCUCCGAGUGGGUAACGACGGGAUCUUCAUGUUGGCCUUUUUUAUGGCCUUCCUGUUCAACUGGAUCGGGUUCUGCCUGUCGUUCUGUCUGACCAACACCAUUGCGGGGCGCUAUGGGGCCAUCUGCGGCUUCGGCCUUUCCCUCAUCAAGUGGAUUCUCAUUGUGAGGUUCUCAGACUACUUCACUGGCUACUUCAACGGUCAGUACUGGCUGUGGUGGAUCUUCCUGCUGCUCGGUCUCCUGCUGUUCUUCAGAGGUUUCGUGAACUAUCUAAAAGUUCGCAACAUGUCAGAGAACAUGGCCACAUCUCAUAGAACACGCCUCUUCUUCCUCUACUAAAGGUUCUCCGUGCCGUCACCGCUCCAUUCCAAUGUGAACGUCCUUCCCUCCCCCUUGAAUGACCUGACUAAAGAGCCUUGCAGUGAAGAGAGGAGAUGGGGAAGGAAUGGAGGAAAAGAUGUAGGGAGAAAGAGUUACCAGUUUCAUUAAAAGUAAAACACGGCUCACUCUGAAGCAGCUGCUUCAGAGCUGAGCUGAAAAAUCCGACUUUGAUGAUCACGUCUCAUCCCUGGCCCGUUUUGCGCCCCCCCCCACUUCAUUUUCCUUUGAUUCAAAGCUUUUCACACUGUCUUCUCUUGGAUCAUGUGACGGAAACACCAGACCAGCUCAUGUGUCACACAAACCUGGCCUGAGGCAAAUUUAAGAGUUAACAUUUAUUCACAAAGCACAACAAAACAGUGUAGGAUGUACAUAAAAAUAGCUUUGGCAGUUCUAAGCUAGCUUAUGUGAUGCCAUGCGGUGACAGCAGUGCUAACAGCUUAAAGCUGAAUCACAAAACCUUCAUGACUAUAAAGUAACAUUUGGAAUGUUAAAAUAGAAAACGUGUAGGAGGUGAAAACCUAUUAUGAGACUUUGAUAUUCAGAUUUCCCCUCCAACACUGCCUUGUUUGUCUCACUUGAAACAAACAGGAAUUAAGGAUUCAAACUGACAGACUUUUUAGUUACUCGUGGAAUUUUAAAACACACCACUGUUUACUUUAUAUGGUUUUAUUAUAAAAUGAAUAGAAUUCAUGGCACAUUAAUGUUAAAAUAAUGUAGUUAAAAGUAGCAUGAAAUACAUUAAUUAUUUAACAAAAACAUUAAAAUAAUACUAGCGGUGUGUUUAAAAAUUCCCUGAUGAUUGUUUCAUGAACUUCUCUUGAGCUUGAACUAAGCACUAGUUUUGCCAUUCCAUAUUAUUUAAGCUUAGGGUGUUAUAAUGAAGUCUUAAUUUAACACUGAUGUAGCAGUUUGACAGCGCCGGUCCUUUUUCGUCAUCUCAGAUUUUCUUUAAAUCAAAUUUAUGCAACAGUUUCCAUUAUGAGGGCACUCAGAACCGAACACCGAAGCUCUGCUUAGCUGGAAUUGGCUCAAAAUAUAAUAAAUAAUAUAACUUUUUUCCCCUCUUUUUCAGUCAGUUAAGUUGGGGCUCUGAGCCAAUGGAAGGUGUUUGAAAUUGCAAACUGGAAUCUUCUAUUAUAAUAAUUUAAGAUAAUACAGGUGCCAAAAAUUAGCAUCAGCAAUAACGGCACUCUGGACUGAUAUCAGUCACUGGCAAAUAUUUACUGAUGAUGUCACAUUGCAUGUGUGAUGAAGAGCUUGAAACCUUUAAUGACAAACCAGAAGCUUUUAUUAAAAUGAUAUCAGAUAACAGAUGUGCUGGCAGAAACUUCGCAUUGGCUAAUAUUGGCUCUAUUGACUGAUAUCGGGAAUGACAGCCACCGAUAUUUAUGCAUUAUCCACCAAUUAAUUACAGUAUGAAAACCUAAAUAAUUCAACUAUAAAACAGUGAAGGGGGAAAGGAAUGAGAACAAAAGCAAAUUUAAAAUGCAUAACAAAGUGGUUGUUUUUCAAAAAUAAAUAAAUUGACGAGUCAUACUGAUACUGUUUUUACUUUUACUGUUUCCCUCUGUGUUCUGUGUCAUAAACAGAGCUUCCCUGUUUAAAAAACAAAAACAGAAAAACUUUGAAGUUUUCCAUGGUUGAGUCAUGUGACCGACUAAAUAUCUGCUGAUAUUCCUGGUAUCAGUCAGUAAAGCCAAUAUCAGCCGAUACGGGUUACCUGCUGAUAUCGGUGCAUCUGAUAUUACUCGAAUAAAAGCUUCUUGUUUGUCUUGUUUUUCAUUGCAGCGACUUUCCCUUAGAAACGAUGGAAACAUUUGCACCAGCAGAUUUCCUGAAUUGAUUUUUUUUUAAAAUCUCCUUUCCCUUCAAUAACAAUCAUUACUCAGCCUGUUUUUUUUUUUUGGUUUUUUUUGUAACAUUUUUGAAUCAAAGAAAAAUGAAAAGCUUUAAUUAAUUAAUUAAUUAAUUCUUUUUGGGUUAAACAAAAAAAUAACAAAAAACCCAACCCUCACUAUUUCACAGCACAAGUUCACCUCGUCUCGGUCGGCAGUGAAACGGCUGCCUUUUCAUCUUCAGAACAGUGUCUGUUUUCUACAGAGGCACUAACCAGCGAGAGCUCGGUGGGAAAAGUUUGUUUUCAGGCUGCUACGGUCAGAUCAGUAGAAAGUGACCCUAAAGCGGGCCUCGUAUGCAUCUCCUGCUUCGGUGCUGUUGAAGUUUAAAACGAUAAUAAGCAGUUUUACAUAGAGGGCAGCGACAUGCCAGGCUCGAGGAGAAACUCCUUGAAAUACACGAGUCUUAUGCAAUUUACUCAAUUGUAAUGACCUACGAUUAUUGUGGCUGUAAGGUCCUGUGAUAAUGAAGUAGACGUAGUUGAGUAGUUUAAUCAUCAGAGACUGAGAUCCAGUUGUGACAUCAGGGAGUGAAGGGCUGUUAUUGGACAAGCUGGUUCUGCAUGACCUGCAUGAUUCGGACAAAAGCCAACACACGGAUCUCUCUGAGGUUUCAGCUUUUCUGAUUACAUUUAGGAUUUCUUCCUCUUUCUUUUCAUGGCGUGAGAAGCUUUCAGUGAUGUGACUCUUCUUUUUUUUUUCUUUUUUUUUUUAAUAAAUCAAUGUUAGCUGACGUUGUGACUUCCAGUGAGUGCGAUGACGGCGAUGAAGUCUGGGGACACGCUGUUGCGUCUUGAAUAUGGAGCCUGACUGGACAAAGAAAAAUAAACUUUUUUUUUUUUUGUUUAAUUAUUAUUUUUGUCAUUAAGAAAAAAGAAGUGUAUAUACCAGAUUAUGCCAAUUCAGAAUAUUUGCACUUUGAAGAACUUCUGUACAGUAUGAUUUAUGAAUCUGCAAAACUGGAUCUGGGUUUAGAAAAAGGUUUUCUUCAGCCAUCAUUGAAUUCUUAAAUCAUCCCAAGUGGAGAAUUUGCCUUUUGCACUUUUUAUUUUUGAAAAUAAUAUUUGUGUGUGUGUGCGUGUGUGUGUGUGUGUGUGUCAUCGCUUUUAGCCUAAACUGUGACAGCUUGAGAAUUGCCAAACUUUUUUUUUUAUUAUCUUUUCGACUCUCAUCAUAUCCCACUAAAGGCUCUUUCAGCAAUAUUCUGAUCUUUUGGUGAAUUGAUGCUCUGCUGCAUGAUUUUCCCUCCCAAAUGAGUGGGUAAUGUUAGGAUUAAUCUAGUGCAAAAUAUUUCUCUUUGUAUAUAAAUGAGGAGGGGGAAAAACGAGGCGGCAGCCACACUGUUUCUCUUGUCCAAAAUAUGUCCAAGUAACAUGUUCUGAAGCGGUUGUUAUGCAUUUAUUAUAACUGGAAUAAUGAUGACAAAUAAAUAAUGUGUUGCAAAAAUGAGAAUAAAGUUCAAAAGUCUGCCACUUACAUUUUA